AUGUCAAAUGUGCGUAAGAUACUUAAUGUUGUGGAUUUGUCACAAAUUUUUGACCAAUAUUUCAACAGUAAUGAAAAUGGAUUGGUGCGUCUUCGUAAUCCAAAUCUUAAAUCUUUAGACCACGAUUUUCUUUAUCAUCUAGAACUGGGAACUAACGAUCAUGAUUUCGUGAAGAUGUUUGGAGAUGUUAAGUUUAUCUGCACGGGUGGUACGGCAAUUCGUAUGAAAAAUUUUAUAAAUUCUAUCGAGCCAGAAUUGAGCAAGAAACUUAAAACGAAAUUAGAAAUUUGGCAGCAUUCGUCGUCCCGUUAUUCCAUGUACAAAGUCGGACCUGUUCUUGCUGUAAAUCAUGGAAUUGGAGUCCCCUCCCUGCAGAUUCUCCUUAAUGAACUUUUCAAAUUGAUGUAUUACGCCAAAAUGAAGAAUCCAGUUAUAUUUAGAAUUGGGACGUGCGGCGGCGUGGGCAUUACUCCUGGCACUGUUGUUAUAACAAACGAAGGCGUUGACGAAGAGAUAAAUCCAUAUUUCGUACAGGUGGUGCUGGGCAAGAAGAUUCAUUUGCCAGCGACCCUGGACCGGCAGCUGGUGCGCGAGCUGAAGGCCCUCGUCAACUCGGACGACCCUUACGAUACGAUAAUAGGCAAAACGAUGUGCACCUCGGACUUUUACGAGGGCCAGGGUCGGCUCGACGGCGCCUUCUGCAAGCACACCAUAGCCGACAAGAUGGACUACCUGGCGAAGCUCCAGGAGGCCGGGGUCGUCAACAUCGAGAUGGAGUGCACAGCCUUCGCGGCACUCACCUAUCAGGCCGGCAUCAAGGCGGGCAUCUGCUGCGUCGCUAUGCUCGACCGCUUCAAGGGCGAUCAGAUUCGUACAUCGAACGAAGUACGAAAGCAAUGGGAAUUGAGACCACAAGAUAUUAUUUCCCGUUAUAUAUUGCGCCAUUUAUAAUGAAAAUCAUUUGUUAUAAAGGUCGUUUAAAGAAUUGAACUUCUGCUCAACAAAUACAAUGUCUUCCAACA